AUGUACUCUGCAACUCUACAUCAGAUCAGAGGUCAUCAUGCCACAUACAAGAAGUCGAAUCAAGCGCGCGCGGAUCUGUCCCUGGUGCUCUCUAUCUUUCUCAAAGGAGGAACAUCUUUCGAGGCACAUUCGGUCGCACACCAAGGAAAAGCCCUUCUGCUGUUCUACCUUGAUUCUCUUUUACGACACAAUAAGGUGCAUUCAACGGGAAACAAAGACAACCAAGCCCUCGAGUUGGAUCUUUCCUCUAUUGAUGCAUAUACCAGAACCAACCAAAUGCUCGAGGCUUCUCACUCAGUCUCUUUGGAGAAUGAUAUCAACAGGAUUCCAUCAUUACAAGCACAAGCAGCAACUCCAAUCUCACUUUCCUCAAACCAGCAUGACUCUGUACCCCUCGCUCAGGGUCGGCUUCCAGGGUGGCUGGAAAAUAUCAUCCAGUCGCCAAUGAAUAACAGUGACCAGCAUGGCUCCCAAGCGCCAUUAUUUACUUCGCUCGAAGGAAUGUUUGACAGUAGCAUGGAUGAAACCUUGAAUUUCAGUCAAUACUCACAAAUACCAACCUGGUUGGCGGAUGAGCACUUUGAUUUGAGUGCUCUGAACUCAUCCGUCAUGGCAAGUACUCUAGGAAUCUUCUCUCCCGGCGACACAGCACAUCAAAAUGGCACGGAUAUAAAUGUACAACCCCCAGCAGAGACAUUAGAGCACAAAGAAGACGAAAUUCGACAGUUGUGGUUCACGUGGAACUCGAUGAGCAAUACCGGCAGAGCUUGUCCCAAAGACUUCAACAACGCGUACCAACAGAACCUCUACCAUCUACCGAUUUUCUUCCUCGGUGAGUUUUGCUUUUUGAAUGACUCGCGCAAAUUUUCCGACGCUUAUACGCAUGGCCAGUGGGCUCGAUUUUAUAAGAUGUUUCAAGUUGGCCCAUCAACGGGCUCAAUGUCAGGUCUCCAGGCCCACAACGUUGAGAGACCAUGGAGAGCCUGGGUCCAGGCUGAAGAGCAAAUCCGACUAGCCGCUGGUCUUUUCAUUCUUGACACUGAGAUAUCGGAAUUGGUUUCGACACACCCGCUUCUCCAGCAUGAUGAAUCAUUGCUACCCAUCACGACAAGCGAUGAGCUCUGGGUAGCACCAAACGCCACACAAUGGAAAAAUAUCAUGACUCGGCAGUUAGCGGAGAGACAGGCAGAGAUCGCCGUUGUGAAAGCUGUCGACACAACCACUAGUCCACCCGAAGUGGGACUGGGACUGCCGGGUGGAUUCUACCGGUAUACUCUUCUAGAAGGAAUCAAUGCCCGUAUUACCGAGCGAAGGACAUCCCAGGUCACCUGGGAUCAGGAGAUACACGUCAAAUUCGAAAAUGAAUUACUCCAAUUCUUCGACCAAAAUCUCCUAGCCAAACUAGAAAAAAACCAUGAUGAUCCGUUUUGUUUGGAAGUUUUGUGGCACGCGGCUUUCAUCUCUCUUUUGGUGGAUUUUGACCGUUUGGAGCUUACCAUUGGGCGGGAGGGGCAUGAGGGGUCUUUGCCACAUCGCGACCACAUUCAUGAAUGGGCUUCGUCUCCAAACGCCCGUCGUUGCGCCCUUCAUGGGGCUAUGAUACUCCGCAAACUUCAAGGCAUCCCACUUGGAAUGGAACCGGCGAUCCACGUGCCUCGGGCACUCUAUCGAGCGGCGACCGUGUGGUAUGCUUAUUCCGAGUAUGGGCUUGAAGACGAUGCCAGCCUGCAAUAUCCCUCCUCCACAUCCAGCCUGGAAAUCCCCGAGUUUGCUCGGUUGAAGAUCAACAGUCAAGCUUUGUUGUUUGAAGCUCAUGGCUUUCGAAAUUCAAAACCCAAGACGUCGGAGUCGAGCACGCUAUGUGGGCUGGUGGACCUCUUGCACCGGAUUGGCCACUGGGGCCUUUCCAGGAAGUUUGCGGAGCAGUUGAGUUUUCUAUUAAAGGAGACCCCGAAUUGA